UUCAAAUUUGAAAUCCUACACAGUUCUCCUCCAUCUUCUUCAUUCAUUCUUCAGUCACCAAGCAAACCAAAAGCCAAAACAUUCACAAGAAACCAUGAAAUCACUCGAUUCAACGCCCUCCUCUUCUGCAAAAUCAUCGACCACCAUAGAUUCUGAAACCAGAGACAGCUGCUAUUUUCCGGGAUGUCGAAAAGAUGCCAACUGCAAAUGUGAAAUCUGCAUAGCCAGCAUCAAUGCCACCCUUGAUCUGAUGCCCAAAACCAUCCAGAGAAACUCCCUUGGUAAACCCUCCGCCCGUGGAAAUCCUCGCUGCAGCCCCGUUUUGUUCGAUCCUUCCAGCUUUUCGACGCCCAGAUCGAGCAGGAAUCCAUCUGCUCCGGUGUCUCCUCCCUCGAAUUCAAGCGCAAGCGCGAGUUUUUUACAGGAAGUGGAGAGAGAUAAGAAGGAAUAUUGUGGGUUUGGGGCAGUGAUGGUGAGGUUCUUGGUAGGGCUAAGCUUGGUGUUUGUGGUGGAAUAUGGAGUCUCUAGUGUGGUUUCUGGGGUUUUUGAGCCGGAAUUGUCAUUGGAUGUUGUCAGGAAAUUGAGUGAAAAAUCAUGGGUUUCAAAUGAUUUGAAUGAAAGAUUGAUGAUCUUCAGGAAUGAGAUGGAAAAGUUAGUAGAUGAUGAAGUGUCAAACUGCAGCAGCUCUUUCUAUUCUCAGUGGAAAGUCAACCAGGAUGGGUUGCUUUUGAAUUCAAGAUGCACCUUAAUCGAAUCCAUCACAGAAGAAGUGAGCAUUUGGGGAUGGCCACUGCAGACUGCUGGAUUGCUCACUGCAGGAUAUUCUUCAAGAUCUUUUACUCUAUUAUCAGGAAGACUUACUGAGUGGUCUAAUGGGGAAACAAGUUACAAAAUAAUGAAUGUUAAUAGUUCAUGGACACAAAGAAAAUGGAGUUCUUCUGCUGUGCAGUUGGAUCCAAACACCUGGAUUCUUGAAUAUAAUGAGAGCCCUAUCAGGGAAAAUGCCAGAUUUGUUUCAGCAGUUGUGGAGUUCUUGAAGUUCAGAUUCACAAGAGAGUUUGAAAUGUUGAAGCAGAAGUUCAAAAGCCAGCAAAGUCAUCUCAGAGGAGGGAAUUGGAAGAGUUUUCAUGUCCCAACCUAAGAAAAAUGCUUUAAUUUUUCUCUGUAACUUGUCAAGAUAUAAAAUAUAAUUUGAUUCUCAUUCCUCAUGAGAGGAGCUAGA